AUGACAGCGAGCAAACCAAAGGCCCAGGCCGGCCAGACUAUUGUCAGCUCGGCAACAAAUCAAACGGACGCUUCAGCUCCAACAUCAGCGUCAGACGGAACUCCUGGUUCGACGCAAAACGACUUGGGCAAUGGAAAACAGAAAGAGCCAUCACGAUGGCACAAGAUAUACACCACGCUUACAUACUGCCCACCACGCUGUCGAUGGGAUCCAAACAAGCCACCUCAAUUCUCCAUGUCCAUGAACGUUCUGUUUGCAUUUGCAGCAGGCUUCACCGUCGCAAACUUGUACUACAACCAUCCAAUUCUCAACAUCCUCGCUCGAGACUUUGGUGUUCGAUAUGAGCAGGUUGCGCAGAUCCCAACGGUCAUGCAGGCCGGGUAUGCUGCAGGGCUGCUGUUCCUGUGUCCUUUGGGCGACCUGCUGCCUCGACGACCCUUUGUAUGCGGGCUCGUUUUCUUCACGGCUACGAUGUGGCUCGGCCUCUGCAUUACUUCCAGCCUCGGUGUCUUUACAGCAAUCUCCUUCAUAACAGCCGUAACAACGGUAACUCCUCAGCUAAUGCUCCCCCUCGUCGGCGACCUCGCCCCUCCCAACCGGCGGGCCGCAGCCCUCUCCAUUGUCGUCAGUGGGCUCAUGCUCGGCGUUUUGGUAGCCCGCGUUCUGUCCGGCACCAUCUCCAACUUUGUGACCUGGCGUGCCGUGUACUGGCUAUCUCUGGGCCUGCAAUACCUGAUCUUCAUCCUCCUAUGGCUGUUCAUGCCCGAUUAUCCAGCCACCAACCCAGGAAUGAACUACUUGCGCAUCCUGUGGGACAUUCUGCUCAUGAUCCCAAAGCAUCCCGUGCUGGUGCAGGCCUGUCUCGCGGGAAUGCUCUGCAGCGCCCCGUUCACCUCCUUCUGGACAACGCUCACCUUCCUCCUCGCCGGCUCGCCCUACGACUACGACAGCCUGACCAUCGGCCUCUUCGGCCUGAUCGGCAUAGCCGGCAUGCUCAUCAGCCCGAUCUGGGCGCGCAGCAUGACAGACCGCUUCGUGCCGCACUUGUCCAUCCUCUUCGGCCUCGGCUGCAGCCUCGCCGGCAUAUGUCUGGGAACCUACCUGGGCACCUGGCACGUCGCAGGCCCCGUGCUGCAAGCGCUGCUGGUGGACUUUGGCAACCAGACGGCGCAGAUUGCGCAGCGAAGCGCAAUCUACGCCAUCGAACCGAAGCGGAGGAACGGCGUGAAUACCGCCUUCAUGGUCAGCACCUUCUGCGGUCAGCUCAUCGGCACCGCGGCGGGGAACCACAUCUACGCGGCUGCCGGAUGGAUUGGCUCGGGCAGCGCGAGCGUCGGGUUCAUCAGCGCCGCCUUGCUCGUCAUGGUUGCGCGGGGCCCGUGGGAGGGUGGAUGGGUGGGGUGGACGGGGGGUUGGAGUCUGAAGAAGAAGAACAAGGAUAGUGCGGAUGGGAAGACGAGCGAGCAGGGGAAUCUGGUGAGGCGUGGGACGGCGGGGAGGGAGGAGGAGGAGGAGGAGGAGAAGGAGGAGGAGGGCGCGGUGGAAAAAGUGCUCGAGGAGGUUGCGGCCGAGGAUGGGAAUGAGAGUCCUCUGCAUGAAGACGGGCAGAGCGAGAAGAGUGGUGGGGAGGAGGGGAUUCAGCGUGUGAGAGUAUAG